AUGGAUAAUCUGUACAGUUCUGCCCCAGAGUAUAUGGGCAACACCUUAGCAGAUAUCAACCAACAGGUUUUGAAUGGUAUGGGUGAUGACUACGACUACGACGGACUUUUCAACGAACAGUUCUCAUCCGAAGAUUUCAUCAACUCGUGGGACUUUGGGGCAACCCAGGGCGUGGCUCCGAAUACAGUCAAGGAAGACGCUCAGCUUCCAGUUGAUCCUAAGCUCGAAUCGACCGCCGACAUUCCCGCCCCAUCCGACCUAAACUCCAUGUCGAAUAUGCCCAAUGACAUAGUAGCUCCUAAGCCUCAUCAGCUACAGGAUCCAGUUCCCAUGCCAAAGACAUCUUUGGCGCAGCAGCCCCGAACAGUACGCCAGCCUCUGGCACUACCCGUGCCUGUACCGGGAAAUGCGUCCUCAGUUCAUCAGCCUUUGGCACUACCUGUGCCUGUGAUGGGAAAUGCGGCCUCCAGUAGAGUUUCUCAAAGCGUUGAUCUCGCAGCAAAUGAUCAAUUUUCACUCUUUGACACUCGUGAACAAACAAACUCGCACAUUCCUCCCAAUUAUAACGCUUACAAUUCCUAUCAACCGAGUUAUCAUUACCCGGACAAUGGUAUCCAAGGGAUCUACGGCCCUCAGGGCAUGGCACAGUAUCCCCUUCAACCUUCAGCCGCAAUCAAAUCUCAGUCUAUGCACAAGAUAAUCCAAACAGCUCCCCAGACUCCUCCCCAGGCUCGUCGGCCACCUCAACAAAGACUUCAGCAAGAACCACCCCAAGCGCCAUCCCAAGAAACAGAUGGACGACCAAUUUGGUUGCAGACACCUCCUAAGCGCAAGCGAAAUGUUGCAUUUGACAACGAUGAGGAUGACGACUCCGACCUGGAAGGUCCCCGGAAGAAGCCUGGUAGAAAGGGACGGACCCUCAAGACUAAACGCGGAAGGGAUAAAGAUUUCGAGAUUGGAAUCAAGAUGUAUGGAAUGUUCCGAUUCCCGGAAAUGGACUGGGUUUCGCACAGAAGGUUCAAAUUUCUGUACUUGCCCACGGGACAGUUGGAGAAGAAGAUUCUAUUCUCGGCUGAGGACUUGAAGGACUAUGUCUACAACUGUCCUCGAAACCCAAGGCUUUGGAUCCAGCAAAAUCCAGCGCAGUGCACAGAACGAACUAUCGAUGCUGAUACUAUGUGUCGAUACGAGAACUGCCCUGAUUCAAACAACACGAUAAGACCUGGCUGGGUGCGCGUGGCGUUCGACGAGUUCCAUCAGCUUACCUCUUGUGGUCAGAAGGAUCCUUUCAAGAUGGCUGGUGUUAUGCACCUUUGGUGCUUCGAGCAGUGCAUCGACCCCGUAGAGGUAAUGGCAAAUGGGAAGAUGAUGCCAGAUGAUCGCGACGACGAGCAUCUCAUCAAGGAAAAGUCGAACAAGAUGGCCAUCACUCGGGAUUCUGACACAACGAUCGUUAAGCAUACGAUCAGACCUUGGUUCAAAAAGCAUGCAGGUCAACCACUACAAGCUCCUUACGCGAACUAUACGGAGUCUCUCUCCUACGCGCUUGUCAAGCACCAUCUGGAUCAUCAAGUCGGUGCUCGUGCCAGGAGCCGCGGUGGUCGCAACAAGGAUAGACCGGAAAGCGAGCUGAAGACCAUUGACGUUCACAUGGGCCGCCUCGACUUCUGGGCCGCUCGCGACACUGCUUCCAGGAAGAAGAGGUCGGCGAAGCAUUCUCGUGCUGCUGAACCUGAGCAGUUAUAUAUUCCGGCGACCUCCAAUGGACUUCCCCCGACACAAAAAUCUGCUGAACUGACGCCAUAUGGCUCGACGAAGAACUUCAGCGAUGUGCUAGAGAGUAUUUCCGUUGCCAAUAACUAUGAGUUUGAUUAUAACGGAGUCAUGCCGGAGGUGAAGAAGGAGGAGGAGCCAGUCAAGGUCGAGGAUAGCUCAAAGUGGUCUGAGCCUGCCCCAGGGAUCCAAAGAGUAUCGAUAUCAAUCAGCGAUAUUCUAUCUCCCAGUGUUCUCCUAGAGCAGGAGGACGUUGUGCAGCCGAGCCCCAAAGCAGAGACUGGUCGCAAAGAUCAGCCCAUCUCGCCACUACGACGAAGCCCCCGCCUCUCAGCUGGGAACAUUUCUGAUUCUGUUCAGACCGAGACCAAGGCUACCACUUCCCCAGAAAAGGCGCAAGCCUCCGGCUUGGCUUUCCCUACGGCCCCUAAGAAAGUAUCCGUGGCUCUGCCCUCUACACCAGAGGGCCAGAGAGCUGCUUCGUUGAGUGAUAGUCUUUCCGAAUCGCCAUCCGCCCGACCAGUCAAAAACAAAUCCCCUCGAGAAGGGUCUGGUCACGCUGGUGAGGAGACUCAGGGCUCACCUUUGAGGAGAAGCAGCCGAGUGAGCCCUAAGAAGAAGCUUUGA